AUGGCUGCGUGCAAGAAGUUCGUGCAGCAGUGCUGGGCGACGACAAUCAGCAAGGGAGGACAUGAUGGGAACACCCUGGGAGGCCUGACAUUCGGCUCGGCCCGUCCGGGGCACCUGCAGACGUUCUUACCCGUUGAGAAGCGUCAUCUGAACAACCACAAGACUGUCCACGGUGGUGUCCUCAUGUCUUUGACGGAUACCGUCACUUCCCUCACGCUCUCCACGCUCGGUAUACCGGCCCCGACCGGAGUCUCCGUCAACAUCUCAUGCGAGUUUGUCAGACCAGGAGGGAGGGAGGGGGAUCUGCUAAAAGGUGUUGGCGAGGUAGUCAAGAUGGGCAAGUCCCCCCUGAACUCAGCCUCCUCUUCCGGCUGA